AUGCCUCCCCAGCCCACAAUAUUCCAGCAACUCUACGAAAGCUUGGUUGCAUUUCCACGACUCCUCAGCAACAAACCCAGUGAGCCCAAUUUACAAGGGGGAGCCUCAUCCUCAUCCUCAUCACCAGACUCGGCCACUGGCACUGGGUCACCGCUUCCCUGCAGUUUGCCCCUUGACAACGCGAGCUCAGCGACCUUCACACUACCUGAUGGCCGAAAGCUAGGCUACGCGCAAUACGGGGAUCUUGCAGGACAGCCCAUCAUCUACGUGCACGGAUGGCCAGGGUCGCGUUUCGAAGGUGCACAUCUCGACCCGGCAGCCUCGAAAGUCGGGGCACGAAUAAUAGCAGUUGAUCACCCGGGCAUCGGACAGAGUUCACCACAGCCCGGACGCAAACUGCUCGACCACGCCAAAGACAUUGAACGUCUCACUGACCACCUGGGACUCAGCAAGUAUGGAGUCCUAGGAAUCAGUGGUGGCGGACCAUACGCCUUGGCAUGUGCGCGUGGACUUCCCGCAGGCAAGCUCCGGGCAGUGAGUAUCGUGUGUGGUCUAGGAUCGCCAGAUAUGGGCUAUGCCGGGAUGAAUCUGGCGAGUCGACUUGGAUGGACGUACGGGUUUCGCUUGCUCCCUGGCUUUUCUGCCUGGUGGAUCGGUCGCUGGCCAGAGGGACGCACUGAUCUUAGUGACGAGGAGCGCAAGCGUCUUUUGCUGGCACAGGUCGACAAGGCGAAAUCCAGCAUGCACGCCAAGGACCUGAAGAUCUGGGACAAUCCUGAUUUUGUGGCCGUUUAUCUCCGCUCGUCGCGAGAAUCGUUUGCCCAAGGUGCGGCGAGUGUUGUUCAGGACGCCGCGGUCAUAUGUACCAGUUCCAAUUGGGGGUUUCGAAUCGAGGAUAUCAGAAAGGACUUGCCGGUCCAGUUGUGGCAUGGCAGGUUUGAUAAUAUGGUGCCUUUGCAGCAUGGCCAGAAAGUCGCGGAAAGGCUGGGCAAGAAUGCCACUCUUAGGGUCAAGGAUGAAACCCAUGCUAGUAUCAGUGUGUAUUACAAGGAGGAGUAUUUGGGUGAGCUGGUGAAGGCGAUAAAGGACUCUUGA